CUGAGCGAGGGGGCGCUGAUGCGUGCGAGCGUGCAGCACCAAGUCUCCAUCGAUCUCUCCGCGCCGCGCGUGUACUGGAACCCGAUUCAAGAGCCGUGUUGCGCCGCGCUCGCCAAGGAGGACGACGCGCUCCUGACGGCGGUGACCGUCCUGAGCGUCUUACCGCUCGCGUACCUCGUCUAUCGCGACAUCUUGGAGGCGUGGAAAAAGAGGAUCAACGUGGAGAGCACGAAGCGGGCGUUUUACACGCGCGCUGAGCUUUUGGGCGCGUCCCGGUUGAGCGGGGCGUCCCGCCGAGCGCCGCACUCGUCGACUCGUCGGCGGUCAUGAUCACCCACGCCUCGCUGCUCACCGCUUGGUUCGCCGUCGCGGUGGCGACGUUCCCGUUCCUUUUCACCGCGACGGCGCCCUACGGGAAGUUCGUUCGCGCGGGAUGGGGACCGUUCAUCGACGGCAACGUCGGCUGGGCGACGCAAGAGGUCGUCUCGCCCAUCGCCUUUUGGCUCGGGCACACGCGCGGUGACGCCAUCUUCGACGAUUUGACCCAUCGCACGCCCGCUAGUGGGUAUGCUCGAGCGUUACCGUGGGUGUUCACCGCGCAUUACGUCUAUCGCGCGUUGAUAUAUCCCGCGACGCGUCGCAUGAGUCGCACCACGGCAGCCACCGUGUGCGCCGCCGUCGGUUUCAACGUCAUCAACGGCGUGUUAAUAGGCGCCGAGCUCGCGCACGGGUCGGCGAAGCCGAACGACGCGCAAAUCAUCGCCGGCGCGGCCAUCAUGGCGUGCGGAGCGGCGUUAAACAUCUGGUACGACACCCUCCUCGCGCGACUGCGCGCUCAGCGCGCGUCCGGCGCGUACGUCGUCCCGACCGGCGGCCUAUUCAAUCUCGUCGCCUGUCCGCACUAUCUCGGCGAGUCGAUCGAGUGGAUCGGUUUCGCGAUUCUCACCGCCCCCGCGAGAUCCACCGCGGUGUUCGCGUUUUGGACCUUCGCCAACCUCUUUCCUCGCGCCGUCGCCACGAGGGCGUACUAUCGCCGCCGCUUCGGCGCGCGCGCGUUCCCCGACCGCAUCCGCGCCAUGAUCCCUUUCAUCGCCUAGCCCCGCGUCCCCGUUCCCUUUUCGCGCGCGCGCAGUUCUCGGUUCUCGGUU